GUUUAUUUUUCGGUUUGCUAUAAGUGAUAAUUAUUAGUAAAUUCUUGUGCAAGCAGAGAAUGGCAACGAGUGUUACAAAAAUGCAAGUCCUAUCUAUGUACAAAAAUCUGUUGAGGGAGUCGCAAAAAUUCGCUAACUAUAACUUCAGAUCGUACGCGCUACGCAGAGUCAGAGAUGCCUUUAAAGCCAACAAGACAUUGUCAGACCCCAAGCAGAUACAAAAGGAAUACCAAUUUGCUAAGGAAAACCUGGCUGUCAUCAGGCGCCAAGCAGCAAUCGGAGACAUGUAUCAGACAGAGAAACUAGUUAUCGAGAAUGUCCGGUAGAACAAGUUGUAACAAGUUAAGUAAUUCAGUCAAGUUAUAUCAACAGAGAAAAUAGUUAGGCUGGUUUACCACUGAUGC